GGGGGCGGGAGGAAAGGGAAGGGGUACGGGAGAAAGACAGGCAGGCAGGCAGGCAGGGUGUUUCCUUAACUUCAAGGAAGAGUUUAAUCAAGUUAAUAGAUUAUUGUGGGCUAUUAAAACGAUACACCACUGGGAAACCGUACAUCAAUUUUUAAAAGACACAAACAAGAGAAGGAGACCGCGAUGUUGGGAAUAGGAAAACUGCACCACGGUCUGGAAUAGGGUGAAGGAUGGAGGGAGAGACGGAGAAGGAGACAGCGGAGGAGAAGGAGAGUGAUGAGACACAGCCGUUUGCUGGGGAAGGGGCAGGGCGACUUCGUCAGAAUGGAGAGUCCUCCGAGGACGACCAGGACCUACCCAUCAUGCACUGGGAAGACCUGAGCCUGAGGAUCGCUGAACUGGAGAAACAGGAGGAGGAGAGGAGAGAAAGGGCAAAGAGUACGAGUGGGUCGGAACAGGGGAGUGUGUCAGGGGGCUGGGCGGAAGAGAGGCAGGGUGGGCUGUGGAGGAAAGAUGAAUGGGAGGAUGAGGAGGACUACGGAAGAUGUCGAGUCACGGUCGUCUCGUCGAGAUUCCACAACCAAAAAAAUCUACAGUUAUGCUACAUCAACAACAGUGAGAGUGAGGAUGAGGAGGGGGCUGUCAAAGAAGGUUCUAUAGGACCAGGUAGCUAUGGUUACCACCCCUCUGGCCUGAAGUUGGAAGUGAGGGCCGCGCUGAGUGCGCUCAAAAACAAGCUGUUAGCUGAACAGAAAGAGGAGCACCUUGCCUGCAGUAGUGUGAUCACUAAGAGGACGCAUCUGGAACGCUGUGACCUGCAGACCUGCUCAAUACAGCAGCUCAACUCCCUCAGGACCUCACUCAACCACGACAUACACGACCUGAGCUCAGAGUUGGUGGGUCACCUGUUGAUAAGGGACCAGCUGAGAACCAAACAGGACGCCAUGCUCCUGGACGUACAGGAUCUGACAUAACCCUCACCCACAGGUGCACAGGACAGGAAGUCGUUGUGCUCAACAGUGGAUAAAGUGAUGCUGUCCAAGAUAUGCCACUAUGAGACUGUCAGAAGUGUUGCCAUAAUAUCCUACUUAACAUAUGAUUCUUCGAUAAAAAGGAGAAAUGUUGAUGAACACUAAUGAGCACCAUCUUGGACCGGCAUCAUAAUGCAAUCCACAUUAUACAGGCAUGGUACGGAUGCUCAGCUAUGAAAAGCCAACUGACAUUUACUUCUGAGGUACUGACCUGUUGCACCCUCUACAAUCACUGUGAUUAUUAUUGGACCCUGCUGGUCAUCAAUGAAUGUUUGAAC